AUGUGGGGAGGCAGGAGGACAACUCAUCAUCCUCUAUCCAACCAUAUGACUAGAGAUGAGGUUGAACAAAAAGUUAUUGACGGUAACGUCCAGAUUGAAUGGCUUCAGUGGGCGAACGAAAAUGGACGGGCAGAAAAAAAAGAGUAUUCUGGUAGUGUUGAUGAGGCAGUCCAGCUAUUAGGAAGUAAAAUUGAGCAUUUUAAAUUUCAUGUGUUUGUUAAGAGAGAACAGUCGAAAUAUUUUGAAAAACUUAAGGCUGAAGUGACCGAUGAAAAAGUUGUGUGUCAAGUUGAUUUCGCCGAAAAUUAUGGAAUGAAGGAGC